AAAGAAAUCAAAAGAAUGUGAAGACUAUCAAAGGGAAUUUCAAAAGUUGUCAUCUGAAAUUGGAAUAGCUAAAUCUCGGUUUACUCAUAUAGUGACAGAAAAAGAACAAUCUUUACUUGCCUACCAACAAAUGUGUCAACGUUUACAGGAAGAUACAGCUGAGAAAGAAGAGAAAGAAGAUAACCUUAAAAAACGAACUAAGAUUUUGGAAAGUGAACUGGAAACAAUUAACAAUCUUCUCAAGCAGCGAGAGGAAGAAGUAGUCAUGCUUAAGCAAGAAAGGGAGUCAGUACUGGUUUCCCAUCAGAAGAUAACAGAGCAGCUGCAGGAAACAUUAAGGCAAAAAGUGCUGAAUGAAAAGAACUGGCAAGAAAAGGUUGAAACUGAUAGAAUGAAAGAAAACAUCAAUCACAAAGAAGAGAUUCUUAGACUCAAAGAAGAAGCCAGAAUAGAACUAGAUACUGAGAAACAAAAGCAUCAGGAAUUACUUGCAAAAUAUCAGAAAGAUCAGGAUGAGCUGCUACAUACAAAGAUACCUCUACUGAUAUGUAAUGCUACUAAUAAGCUGAAGGUUGAAAUGGACACACUUGAAAAGAAGCUGUGUGAAGCUGAGAGUAAGCUUAAUGAGAAUAAUCAAGAAAGGGAAAAGGAAUGGCAAAGCCUCAAAAAACAAAUGACUGAGGUUGAGUUCCAGUUGAAGGAAGAACAGAGCAUUCAUAAUUCAGUGACAGAAGACAUGAGAGAAGAAAUAAAAAAGAAGACCUAUGAAUUGGAAAAACUAACUGAGGAACAAAAACAAUUGAUUCAGAAAAUGAAUCAAGUUCAAGAGGAGAACACUCUUCUCCAGGACACAGUGCGCAGGGAGUGUGAGGAACGAUAUGAGCUUACUGAAGCUUUGGUUCAAGCUAAAGAACAAGUCAUGAAACUAAAGAAACUUGGCGGAAACUUCCCCUUGUCACAGUGUUCCCUCAGUCAGGGCAGUCCAACUUCCUCCUCUGCUUUGAUCAGCAAGCAAAGGUGCCCAAAUGCUGCAAAAGGGAUAACAUCUGAAAUUUCGAGGACCACUAAAGCAGAAGUCAGUGGUAGGAACAAAAGCAGCUUCAAUGUUAGCUUGCCUGCUCUGCCUAUAGUGCAGUCACCUCGAAGAAGAACAUCUUCUCUAGAUGAAUCCAGGAGAAGGAUCACAGCAGUUAUAAAAAGACAAAUGAGUCAGCUAUGAUGAGAAAAGAAUUGCCAUCCAGCAUCAAAGCUUUGGCACAAUAUCUAAGUUUCUCAAAGUGAGCCUUCAGGAGCUAAUGUUACAAGAGAAUACUUUUCUGGGAAUAAGCAUGUUUUUAGGGAUGAAUAUUUUUAUAUUGACAGCAUGCUAUUAAGCUAUAAGGCCAUGCUUUAUUUACCAAAAAGUUUGUGUUUUAUUAUACAAUCAUGAUUUCUCAUUUCAGUCAGUAAAUGGUGGUGACUUUAGUUCAGUGGCUUCUGGCUUACCACUCCAAGCUGCAAGAUCAGGGUCAUGUGUCUUCCUUCUUAUAAGACAUUCAUUUAAUGCACCAAAGUAAAAGUCAUAGAGAAACGUCCCGGCCUAACUUUGUAAUAUCUCAUUAAAAAUAGGAUGUCAUCAAGACUAGGCUAUUUUCACUAUGUUCACUAUUUUCUUGUGAUUGCUUGCCUGCCUACAUUUGAUUAUGUGAGCUACUACCUGUAGUGGGAACUGGUACUAUUCAGACACAGACCCACCUCAAUGGAAACUACGCCUUAUAUGCAUCAUGUGCACACAAAGUGCAACACAUUAAUUUAAGUGAUUUCCUUUCUUCCUUUCCCCACCCCCUGGACACAGACCCACCUUAAUGGACACAUGGUACAACUGGACACAGACCCACCUCAACACACACACAUUCCAUUUUGCCAUUGUGUUUUAAUUCAUUUGUCUCUAUUGUUAACAUGCUAAUAAAAACC